AUGACCGAAAGCAAUGCGUCACUGUCGAUACCCGAGCCGGAGGCUCUUCCUUUGCCACAAAAUGCUGAGACGGCAGAUCCCGUCGUUGAUAGUGCCGAUACCAGCAAGUCCAACAAUCCAGGAGUCAAAGCCACUGACCGCCCUACCACUCCGGAAGAUGCUACGUCCGACAUGAAGAUGUCGACUGCUGCUAAGGAGCCUAAGACGCCAAAAACGCCCAGGUCGAAGAGGACGACGCCAGCCAAGCGGGCUACCGAGGACGAAGAGAACAGCGUCAAGUCGGCUAAGAAGGCAAAAGGCUCACCAGCCAAUGCUCGCCAGUGGAUCCCCCAAAGCGUGGACGAGAUGAAACCAGAGGACAAAAUGCUGGUGAAGUUCAAGGAGGAGGGCAAGCCGUGGUCCGUGAUCAAUGCCGAGUGGGAGAAGAUGACGGGCGUCAAGCCCGGGGGAUCCACGCUGCCCAACCGCUACAACCGCAUCAAGGCCGCCAUCGCGUGCGUUGCCGAGGCGGAUAUGGAGCAGCUGAAGGCGUCCGCUGCGGCCAUCGACGACGCCAUCGACGCCGAGCACAAGGAUGCGCUCUGCAAGAAGUGGGCCCGCGUCGCGAAGCACAUGAAGGAGCACGGGGUCGGCACCGACUAUCAGCCGUCGACGCUUGAAAAGCAGUUCAAGAAGCUUCAGGCUGCAGAAAGCACCCUGCCGACCAGCGCUGCAGCCGCGGCUGAAAACGGCGAGCAGGAUUACGCUGACGAGGAGCCGGAGAGCGUGUCUUCUGACGCAGCGCCUUGA